AUGGCGAGGCUUGUGUUGCUGUUGCUGAGACAUCCACUGCGCUCACUGCUCUUCACACAUUCGUUUCUGUCUCAAGUCUUUCUCGUCCUUCUACGACGCUUGCUGCUUCCGCACUUUCCGGUCUAUCAGCCACUGCGAGUUCAGAUAGAACGAGCCUAUCUCGCGGCGGCAUCCUUGACCUUUCCAGAUCUGACCCACAGACUGCCGGUGGGAAACCUUUCUCCAAAGCGAGCUCGCAGAGUAGAUGACACCGUGCCAGCCUACCUCAUACCUGGUACGCGAGAACUUUCCGACUAUGCACGGCCCGUGGAUGAAAAGCAACGAUGCGUCGUACUGUAUGCACACGGCGGAGGCUACGCCCGUGGUGAGGCGAGAAUGUAUGUCAACUACAUGGAACGGUGGAUUGCAAGUUCGGCACAGGCAAAUCUUGAUCUGGCCUUCUUCACCGUGGAAUACCCGCUCUCAACCAAGGAAAGCCACCCAGCACAGAGGAACGCCUUCAUUCAAGCCUAUCGGCACUUACUUGACAACGGUGUGGCAGCUGAAACCGUUGUUUUUAUGGGUGAUUCCGCCGGCGGUGGGCUCUGUAUUCUCACAGGCUUCGAGCUAAAGCGGCUUGAUCUGCCCCAGCCAGCAGCGACGGUCCUGAUCUCUCCCUGGAUAGACAUGACCUUGAAAGCUCACGAAGGAGGGAACCCAGCGGUUGAAAGUGACUACUUCUUGAUGGCCAACGAAGCGGUCCCCCUCCUCGCAUCCCUAUUUCUUGGAGGCCGCCCCCCAGACUCUUCAGACUUGAACCCUCUCUACCGCCUGCCAGAAGAGCUCAGAGGCCUCAGUCCCCAGCUCAUCUUCACAGGUGGCGCUGAAUUUGCACGUUCUGACUCGGAAAAAUGGGCGGAGCUGUGCUACAGAGCAGGACUACCGUAUAAGUUGACCGUUGAAUGGGCCCAGCUACAUGUCUAUGCUCUUGGAUCCAAAUUAACUGAUCCAGCUGUCCGUAUCAAGACCGAUGCCAUGAUCAUCGAAUGGAUCAAGAAUUAUGUCACAAAGUGA